AUGCUCCAGAGUCUAGCUUCGUCACUUCCUUCUCCUCCUCCUCCUCCUCCUCCUCCUCUACAAUCAAAUCAAUCAUACGUUAUUCAUGAAGAGCAGUUAUCUGCAGAGGCUGUGACUAUGCUCGAAAGCGAGAUCACAUCAUCAAGCUCCACGUCGAGUGCUGACAAAGGUAUUCAGAGUAAUCUUUUGAAGCUUAAAAUUGAAUUCAGGACUUGUCCCAUUCGUGCGGCAGUAGGAUCUGAACCAAUAGCACAUCAAGCCAACUCUGCGAAAAGAUGUAUCUGGCUGCCACUCCACGACGAAGCGAAAAUACUAGUGGAAAAGUAUAUCACAGAGAUCACCUUCCUCCAGCAUGUGGUUCAUGUCCCCUCGGUGCGUACUAUGGUGGCUGAACUUUAUUGUGACUUGAGAGAAAGCAAGCCAGUCGAGAUUGGGUACGUUUCAUUGCUUCUCAGCAUUCUCGCUAGUACCACGUCCUUCUGGACUGAACGCGAUAUGUGCAACCCCAUAUUUUCGACUGUUGAAGAAGCAGUUGGGCAGUCUACCCAUUGGGUGAGACUUGCGAUGGAUGUGGUCGAUUACUCGCGUUACAAACACUCCGAGUCAAUAGAAGAUAUCCAGGCGAUGAUUAUUAUAGGAUUUGUGAUCAUGAAUAUCGUGGGAAUUACAUCCCUCGCCUGGCAUAUGAUUUCCACUGCCAUCUCAGUUAGAAGGGAACUAUCCUUGCAUAGAAUCGACCAUCCCUACAAUUCCAACUUAGACGUACCUACGCCGUCCUCUGCAAAAGCAGAGAUAUGUAGAAGAGUAUGGGUGUAUCUCGUGGCUACUGAUUAG